GCAAGGUACACUGUCCGUUCUUUUGGAAUCAGGCGUAAUGAAAAGAUUGCCUGUUACGUUACUGUCAGAGAUGAAAAGGCAAUGCAACUCUUGGAGAGUGGUUUGAAGUGAAAAGGCAAUGCAACUCUUGGAGAGUGGUUUGAAGGUUAAGGAGUAUGAACUUUUGAGAAGGAACUUCAGUGAUACUGGUUGCUUUGGUUUUGGUAUUCAAGAACACAUUGAUCUUGGAAUCAAGUAUGAUCCUUCAACCGGUAUCUAUGGUAUGGAUUUCUAUGUUGUCCUUGAACAACCUGGAUAUCGUGUUGGUAGAAGACGCAGGUGCAAGUCUCGUGUUGGAAUCCAACACAGGGUUACAAAGGAGGAUUCAAUGAAGUGGUUCCAAGUCAAAUAUGAAGGUGUCAUUCUCAACAAGGCUCAUAACGUUGGUAAUUAGCUUACAAGAUUUGGUUUUUCUUGAGAUUGAUAUCUGUCAAGAUUUUGAAAGAAGUUGGGUCUUUUAUUCUUCUU